CCUGCUUUUUUUUUAAUUGCUCAUUCCCAUCUUUCACUUCUUUAAUCAUACGCUGUUUUACAUACCCAUGCUCUUUCACCAUGUAUUAGGAUCACAAUGGCCUUCCGUAUUCUCCUUAUUCUUGCGACCUUUCCGCUCUUCUUAGCGGCUUCUUCUACUACCGCAGAAACUACCAGCGCAACUACCUCCACCGACCCUUCUGCCCUUCCUUCGGAUAUUUCUUCGCUGCCAGACUGCGGUAUAAAGUGUCUCUCGACAGCCGGAAAGGAAAUUGGCUGCGCCGGUACUGACCUAGAAUGUAUGUGCUCGCAAAGCGACGCGUUUGCAGACCAUUUCGAGCAAUGUCUGAAAAACGAGUGCACCAUUAAAAUAUUCAAAAACCUUUGGGACGUGCGCCAACAGAUUUGCGAUGCGGUGAAAGGUAGUUCUAAUUCUGCUGCCUUGGCAUCGGCUUCAGCUGUGAUUGCGUCCGAUACGUCCCAAGAGACGGGGAGCGGUUCCGAGCGUUUGACUCACGCGGGUAUACUCGGUGCUAUUGCCUGGGGAGCCCUGAUUAUGUAGAAACUUGGGUAUCAAAUGGAACUCAGAGAAUUAGGCAAGUCAAAGGGCGGCAGUCUUUAAUGGACUAUUUAUCAGCCUUGCUAUGAUACCUAUAGCUUGCCCUUCCUACCAUCCUCGCUCAACUUCAAAAUCGUGCCAAGGUUCCCGCUCUCAAUCGUCUCAAAUAAACUCCCAAGUCCCUGCGCCUUAUAUUUCUCCUCUUCUCUAUAAAAGAACUCCUCUGCCGUUUUAAUUCUGCUAGGAUAAAUCUUAUUUAAAAGCUUAUAGUCCCUCUAAAUAACUCUCUUAUUUCUGCCUAAAUACC